AUGCACAUUCUUUUGAUUUUUCUCGUGGUGUCUACCGUAUCAAGUGCAAGACAUGGUUAUGAUUUUAUUCAACCAAUAACCGAAUCAACUGCAGCGUGUUUGAAGAAAGCAGGAAUAUCAUUUGUUAUUCCAAGACUUUUCACUAAUUUGGGACAUAUUGAUGAAACCGGAAUUAAUAAUGUGAAACAUGCAAGAGCUGCUGGAAUCGAAGAAGUUGACGGUUAUUUAUUUCCAUGUAUUGGUUCCAAAUGUCCAUCAGCUGCGAAUCAAGUUAAAACAGUUUCAGAAAAACUCAGUGCAGAAAAAACACAUGUAAAUAACUAGAAAUUCCCAAGAUUAUUUCCAAAUUCUAUUUUUUGUAGAUCAACACACUUUGGCUCGAUAUUGAACGACUAAAUUGGCCAGCUAAUCAUGAAACAAAUCGCAAAUUCAUUGAAGAACUUGUAGCUGAAGCGAAAGCACUCAAACAUACUGUUGGAAUCUAUUCGAAUUACUACAAUUGGGAAGCAAUUGUUGGUCUAGAUUAUCACGGACAAUCAUCAUUGCCACUUUGGUGGGCAGAAUAUGAUGGAACUCCAGGAUUUGCAAAAUAUAAAGAAUUCGGAGGAUGGAAACAACCAAAAAUUCAUCAAUGGCAUGGAACAGAAAAAGGAUCAUGUGAUGUCAGUAUUGAUGCUAAUUAUAUCCCAUAA